AUCUCCUGUUAGAGGCCUUUUCCUCUCUCCGUCUGGUCACCAUGACACCCUCCAGGCUGCCACCUGGGGCCUGUAGGACCCUGUUCAUCUCCCAGCUGCUGAUCUGUUGUCUUCUGUCCUUAGGAGGCCAGGGCCAGCGGUUCCGGCUGCGGUUGGAGCCCCAGGACCCAGUGCUUCCUGUUGGAGGAUCAUUCUUGGUGAACUGCACCACGGACUGUCCCCAGCCUCAGCUCAUCAACCUGGAGACAUCCCUGUCAAAGGAGGCCCGGGACCACGGCGUGGGCUGGGCAGCCUUUCUGCUCAGCAAUGUGACUGAUGACAGCCAGAUCCACUGCUCCGGGUACUGCAAUGGCUCCCAGAUAGCAACAUCCUCUGGCAUCACCGUGUUCAGGUUCCCUGAGGUCCAGCUGGCCCCCCUGCCCCCUUGGCAUCCCGUGGGUGACAACCUCACCCUGCGCUGUCUGGUGACAGGCGGGGCACCUCGGGCCCGGCUCUCUGCGGUGCUGCUCCGCGGGGAGGAGGAGCUGAGCCCGCGGCGGCCCGUGGUGGGGGAGCCGGCCGAGGUCACAGCCACGGUGCUGGCGGGCAGAGGUGACCAUGGCGCCAAUUUCUCCUGCCGCACGGAACUGGACCUGCGGCCGCAAGGGCUGGGAUUGUUCCAGAACACGUCGGCCCCCAGGCAGCUUCGAACCUUCGACCUGCCCGCGACACUCCCGCGAGUCGAGGCCCCCCUGAACUUGGAGGUGGGGACAUCCAGGCCGGUGCACUGCAUUCUGGAUGGGCUGUUCCCGGCCUCUGAGGCUCAGGUCCAAAUGGCGCUGGGGGACCAGAUGCUGGAUCUCAUAGUCACGAGCCACGGGGACAAACUGAGAGCCAAAGCCAUAGCCACAGCCCGCACCGAUCAGGAGGGUGUCAGGGAGAUUGUCUGCAACGUGACCCUGGGGGACGAAAGUCGCCAGGCCCGGGAGAACCUGACAGUCUUUAGCUUCCUAGGGCCCUUUCUGAACCUGAGUGACACCAACGUCACCGAGUGGUCCACGGUGAAUGUGACUUGCACGGCCGGGGCCCGAGUCCAGGUCAUGCUGGAUGGGGCUCGGACUCCACCUCCAGGGAAGCCCGCUCAGCUUCAGCUCCUUGUCAACGAGAGCGAUGAUGGGCGCGACUUCUUCUGCAACGCCACUCUCGAUGUGAACGGCGUUGUUUUGCACAAGAACACGACGGUCCAGCUGCGUGUCCUGUAUGGUCCCAGGAUUGACCGAGCCAAAUGUCCCCAGCGCUUGACGUGGAAAGACAGGACUACUCAUGUCUUGCGGUGCCAGGCUCGGGGCAACCCGGCCCCAGUGCUACGGUGUUCGCAUGAGCGCUCCGGGCUUGUGGUGCCCAUCGGGAUCCCAUUAUGCGUCAACUUAACCUACAAUGGCACUUACCACUGCAAGGCGGCAAGCCCAAGGGGCACGCACACCUUGCUGGUGGUGAUUGACGUUCAAAGUCGGAGCUCUCUCUCAGUCAGUAUCGUCAUGGUGGUGUUAGCGGUCGUAGGGUUGGUGGCUGUCGUGGUGGCCUUAGUUUACAUCUUCCGGAUGCAGACACAGAGCGGCAGCUACUACGUGAAGCAGCAAGGACCCUCGGUCCCCCUCACGUCUAUGCAAUCUGAAGAGACAGUAGGGGAAGAGGCGUCCUGAACUGCGGGAUGCCGGGAUCCUGGGCCCGGCCGGAUCCUGGGAUCGAUGGCGGCAGCUUUAGUUGUUUCCUUUAGUUCCCCACCAAUAAAGGCUUUAAA